AUGUCGGGCCUGACGACCAGCCUUUUUCAUAAGGCAUUUCAUGCAGGUCUUAUGGAACUUCCGGAUGCUUUCUGGCUGCAGGCCAGGCAUGUGCUCUUCCCGGAAAGGGAGAAUGUCACUACACUGACCGAUGCCGAGUUCACCUGCAUCCUGGAGAACUACUUUCGCAAGGGGGCCAUAUGGAUCUUGUGCCGGGCAUACCACAGCCUUCGCCGUCGUGGAGCAAACAGCACCGACUCCCAGUGA